AUGGCAGAGAGGAGAUCAAAUCCUAGCCAGAACCCAGUGUUAGUUGACUGUUUGAAUAUAACCUCUUAUCUUUCGGCAGCUCAUCGGGUGAGACCAGCCGAUAUCAAGGUUGUUGGCGCAAUAGGUGAUUCUAUAACGGCGGCAAAUGGUGCUGGAGCGUGUACUGUUCCAGGAGUUGCAAUUGAAUAUCGUGGACGGUCUUGGAGCAUUGGAGGAGAUGGUGCUCUAGAGUCGCUUACCGAAAGAGUAGUAACCAUUCCUAGUAAACACAUGCCGAUCCAAGCACGACGAUUGAUUGAUAAAAUGAAGAAUCACCCUUCAGUCGACUUUGAAAACGACUGGAAACUUGUGACGUUGUUCAUCGGCGGCAACGAUUUAUGUCAGUAUUGUGACAACCCGAACAAAUUUGAUCCUCACCAGUACAUUGAAUACAUCGACGAGGCACUCACAUUGAUGCAGGAAGAGCUUCCGCGAACCAUAGUGAAUGUCGUUGUAAUAUUGAAUGUCCCGCAGAUAGAGCUCCUGUCCUCUCCUAAAUGUGACGCAGUUCAUCUAGUUGUUUGUGAUUGUGCUAUGUUUUUACCAAACGAGACGGCUGCCCAUUUGCAACAAGUAACCGCAAAUUACCAGGACUGGACCAUUGAACUUGUUGAAAGCGGAAAGUUUGACACUAAGGAAGAUUUCACGGCAGUUUCUCAACCAUUCUUUACCAAAACAGAUACACCAAUGAUACCCGAGACUGGAGAGCCUGAUUUCAGCUUCUUUGCUCCAGAUUGUUUCCACUUCAGUAGCAAAGGGCAUACAGCUUCGGCUGGAGAGCUUUGGAACAACAUGCUGAUGCCUGUUGGUAAGAAACGGACGACCUGGCUACCGUUUUCAGACCUAAUUUGCCCGACUAAGGAACAUCCAUUCAUAUUUACGAAUGUGAACAGUCGUGAAGAUUUUGAGCUCACCGAGCCACCACCUACAAUAAAAGCAGCCGAACCAACAUCGCCAUCACGUGCGCAUACAAUGAAUAAUUCUUUAACCUUAAUGUUGCUGCUCCUAUUUACUAAAAUGUUUAUACAGACAUAGUGUAAUUCUUGACAAGACAAAACAUCCUCGCUCUUGUAUCAUUAUUUUACAUUUGAAACCAUUACGGUUAUACAAAGUAGAAACGUGUUCCUUGACAUUAUAUAAAUAUAAAAUAACACAUUGUAUUCCUACAAGUAUACGUCAACUGUGUAUAAUUUUUAUCGUAUCAAUGUCUAUAUUUAUAUAUAUUUCUUUGAGAACAUACGUGCUGCUUAUUACCAUCUUAUUAAUGCCUACUUUAUAUAUAUAUAAUAUAUAUAUAAUAUAUAUAUAUAAUAUAUAUAUAUAUAUAAAUAUAAAUAUAAAUAUAAAUAUAUAAAUUUAAA